CUCAGAUGCCGCUCAGAUGCUGAGUUUUUCGCCCUGGCAGAAGUCUUUCGCCCUUCAGCACCAAGGACAGCGGCUCCUUUUCCCCGCAUCCCUUCCCCGUUGAUCGCUGCCGGUCUUAGGACUGCAGCCCUGCCAGGACCCCAGAGAUGCUUUCGGAGGGAGCCGCUGCGUCCCUGCUUCUUCUGAUCUUCUGCCAAGCCGAUGCUCGACCGUUAGCAAACCAGCUCUCAGAAGAAGACGAGAAGGUGACGAAAUGCAUCACGGAAAUUCUCGCAGACACCCUUUCCAAACCCAGCCCCGUUCCGGUGACCAGCGAAUGCAUGAAGAUCCUUCAGGAGGAUGAAAGAGUCUUGGCGAUGCUCCACCACCAGCAUCUGCUGACCGAGCUGGAAGACCUGGCUCAUCAAGGUAAAUGGGGCUGGCCUCGGCUAGCUGCCUACCGGCGAGGAGGGGGAGCCGGCUGCUAA